UCUUCAGGACAGGACACAACUAGGUAGAGCUGGCCGAGGAGAGCGCUCCGGAUCCGCUGAGGGCAGAAAAAGUGGGCGAUGUUGCAGCUGGGAUCUUGUUUAUGGACACUGUGGGAAGGCUGUUGAUACAGUCCGGAGGGCUUGUAGGUAUUUUCAAGCUGAAAGGUUGAGGUAGCUGAACAGCCGCAGUAUUUUUAGAUCACUUCUGAAAGGAAUACAAAAAUGUCGUCUCCAAGUCCGGGCAAGAGGCGAAUGGAUACCGACGUGGUGAAACUCAUCGAGAGCAAGCAUGAGGUCACCAUCCUGAGCGGGCUCAACGAGUUCGUGGUCAAGUUCCACGGACCGCCUGGAACGCCGUAUGAAGGAGGCGUGUGGAAGGUCCGGGUGGAUCUACCAGAUAAAUACCCCUUCAAAUCACCAUCAAUAGGAUUUAUGAAUAAAAUCUUUCAUCCCAACAUUGAUGAAGCGUCAGGAACCGUGUGUUUAGAUGUCAUCAACCAGACGUGGACAGCUCUGUACGACCUCACCAACAUCUUCGAGUCGUUCCUCCCUCAGCUGCUCGCCUACCCCAACCCCAUCGACCCUCUGAACGGGGACGCAGCCGCCAUGUACCUGCACCGGCCGGAGGACUACAAACACAAGAUCAAAGGUAACGCAGCAGUUAUCUCCGAAUAAAGCGUGACUGUACUUUAGCAAGCAGCCGGGUGAGCUGAGAACCGGGUGCUUAGAGUUCAUAGUGAUGUCAGCAGUGAGCUCCCAGUUUGGUUCCCAGCUGGACUCUUAAUGCACGUCG